UGAUUUGAUGAAAAAAAUGAGGUUAUGUUUGUUUGGCCUUACUAGAGAUUGCUUGUUGUGUUGGGGUUGAGUGGGGUUUGGGAGUCAUUUGUGAUCAUUUUUUUUGUGAGUUAAUUAAAUAUGUCAUUAUUUAAAAUAUCCAGGUUUAAACAAUUAAUGUUAUGCACUCAAAGGACCUUAAAAUCAAAGUUAAUUGUUAGAAAUUACAACGAUAUUCCAUUUGAAGACAUACCAGAAGUAUCACCUGCUAUGAUUAAGAAGAUUCUAAAUGAUAAAAAGAUCAGUUUUGAUGAAGGUUUUACUUGUUUUAUUGUUCAUUGUACAUGCCACAAAAAAACGUCUAAAAAUACCCCAAAGAAUCUUUACAUUAAUAAAACAACAGGAAUGUUCAUGUGUUCAUGUUGUAAAAAAGCUGGUCAGUGGGACUUUUUUAACCAUCAUUUUUUCUCUGCUGAUGGAAAACCAAAGCCAUUAGAAGAUGCAGAUUAUCAAAAGCAGCUAACAGAAUCUCUUAAAGAAAUCAGGGAAAACAGUGAAGUAUUACUAAGUAAUAAUAAAUUUGAAUCUGUAUUAAGUAAAUUUAAACUUCCAGUAGUGUCUAGUAACUCCAUACAAAAUUUAGAUAUAAGAAUUGAUAAACCGCUGCAGAAUCUCUUUUUGCCUUUAGAAAAUGUUGAAUCUGAAAUAGUAGGCUACAGAAAUUUAAAUUUCAAAGAGGAAAAUGACGUGAUACUACCACAUUUAAUGUAUGGGGGCCUGCUAAUAGGAAAAGCUUUAAAAAACAAAGAUGUUGCAAUUUUGGUACCAAACAUUGCAGACUUCUUAGUUCUUUUAAACGCAAAAGUGACACAGAAUGUUGUUUGUCUGCCAAAUGGAGUUGACACUUUAUCACAAUAUGUUCUUCCAACUCUGGAGAGAUUUAAAAAAUUAAUUCUGUGGUUUGGUAAUGACAUUAAGUCAUGGGAUUCUGCAAGAAAUUUUGCAAAGAAAUUAGGGGAGAAACGAUGUUUUUUUGUGAGACCUAGUGAAAAGCAGUUGUUGCCUCAUCUUGUCGAACAUCAGGAUUUUAAAUCUAUUGUGAAUGCAGCCCAACCAAUUUGGCACAAAUCUAUAACAAACUUUGGCAGUCUCAGGGAGGAUGUGUUUUAUGAUUUAAAAAAUAUUGAUAAAGUUGAAGGAGUGAAGUGGAAGCGUUAUCCAACUUUGAACAAAAUUUUAAAGGGCCAUCGUAGAGGAGAACUCACUGUAAUAACUGGACCCACUGGUUGUGGUAAAACAACAUUUAUAAGUGAAUAUUCGUUGGAUUUGGCCAUGCAAGGGGUCAACACACUGUGGGGUAGUUUUGAAAUAAGAAACGUCCGUCUGGCGAGAACAAUGUUGCAGCAAUUUGCUGGUUGUUCUCUUGAUGAAAAUUUACAUUUAUUUGAUACCUGGGCUGAUAAAUUUGAAAAAUUACCCAUCUAUUUUAUGACUUUUCAUGGACAGCAAUCAAUCAAAAUUGUUAUGGAUGCAGUGGAACAUGCGACGUACGUCCAUGAUAUAGCUCAUGUUAUAAUUGAUAAUGUUCAGUUUAUGAUGGGUAUAACAGAGGAUUACAAACACAUGGAUCGAUUUUGGGCCCAGGAUGUUAUUAUUGCUGCAUUUCGCAGUUUUGCCACCAGGAAAAACUGCCACGUUACUUUAGUUAUUCAUCCAAGGAAAGAACGGGAUGAAGAAGAUCUAACUACAAGUUCUAUUUUUGGUGGAGCUAAAGCGUCCCAAGAAGCCGAUAAUGUGUUCAUAAUUCAAGAUAAGAGGUUGCUGUCAACUAGGGGAAAGAAAUAUUUGCAGAUUUGUAAAAACCGAUACAGCGGUGAUUUAGGAAUAUUGCCGUUAGACUUCGAUAAAGCAAGUUUGAGCUACGCCACUAAAAAGAAGAAAGAAGAGAAAAAAGAAAAAGUGCAAGAUAAAGUAAGCAAAAAGGAUAAAAGUGUAGAAACGAUAAGUGAUAGUUGAAAUAGGAAAUGUAUCUCAUUAUACACUGGCAGUUGUAAGAUAUUUUUGAUAUACUUAUUUUUAAUAAAAUGUUUUUGUUUA